ACUUCGCCACUUCCUCAUCUCCCACAAAAAUGGCGCUCUCACUUCUUUCUGUCUUUAUCUUUCUUCAAGUCUUCACAGAUGUUGUUUUUGCGGCUUCGAAUGAACAAACCAAGGUCUCUGUACCACCGUCUCCAACGUACAAACCCUCACCGCCACUAGUUAAGCCACCCACACUGCCUACAAUUCCGAUUAAACCACCCACCACAACACCCCCAGUCAAACCUCCAGCCACUCCGGUUACACCAACCAAACCACCGGUUAAAUCAUACCCACCUCAGGUUAAACCACCCACAUCACCACUUAUCAGACCACCAACUGUCAAACCACCCACAACACCACCGGUUCAACCACCUACGUACAAACCCCCAACGCCACUGGUUAAGCCUCCCACGAUCCCACCAGUCAAACCACCUACAGCGCCAGUUAAACCAACCCCGACAACACCGGUUACGAUACCACCACCGGUUAAACCACCUGUGAACCCAAUCCCAUCACCUCCGGUCAAUCCACCCCAUGUUAAACCACCGACACCUCCGGCCAAACCACCGACACCACCUCCAGUUAGAACUCGUAUAGAUUGCGUGUCUUUAUGUGGGACACGAUGUGGCCAACACUCGAGGCAGAACGUAUGUAUGAGGGCGUGCGUCACGUGCUGCUACCGCUGCAAAUGCGUGCCCCCUGGCACUUACGGUAAUAAGGAGAAGUGUGGAUCUUGUUACGCCAACAUGAAGACACGUGACGGAAGGCCCAAAUGUCCUUAAGCCUUUUAUGAACCAUGGUUAAUGUGAAGAAUCAUCAUUAAAUCAAUGAUGAUUUAAGAGGGAAAUGGUGUUUUCAUAUAAGUUUGCAAUGCGUUUUAUUUUUGGUUUAGUAACUUUGAGCUGGAUGUGCGUUUACGGACUGUGUAAGAAACCUUUUUUCGUUGAAUUGAGGCUUUUUGUGGAUUUUGUUUUGUUUUAAUCAAAUAGUAAUAAUUUUUUUUUAUACGACCCAGACUUUUAA